CUCUUGCAUACCCCUUGCUCAAGACUUCCCGUCGUCAAAAGCUGCUUCGUCUGUACCAAGCUAAACAAUGGCUUUAACCUGCUUGUUUACCUUGCGACGCUAGCACAGAUACCUGAAUAAGGAGUAAUGCUCGUGCCGGCCUUCCAGCUUCAUUUAAAUGAGAAAAUCCAGCGUGCGCAAGCGGCUAUCGGGCGGUUUGACGGUCAGGUCCCCUCGUUGGCAUGCGCGACGGUCGGUGGGAAGGUCUUCCUGCACCAGCCUCACCACCAGGGCGUCGGAAAUGACAACCAGAUAUCAUACUUGAACAUCAAUAAGCAAAUCUCGGCUGUCGUCGCGGGCCGGCUCGCGGGGAAUAAGGACGUGCUGCUUGUAGGCACGCCCAGCAACCUGCAGUGCUACGAUGUGGAGCUGAAUCGGGACUUGUUUUAUAAGGACGUCAACGAUGGCGUCAACGUGUGUGUCGUCGGGCCCUUUGGGAACUCCGAAGGCCCCCUGGCCAUCGUGGGCGGGAACUGCUCAAUACAGGGCUUCGGCGCUGACGGCAGUGAGAAGUUCUGGACGGUCACGGGCGACAACGUGUCGGCCAUGGCGUUCUGCGACGUGGACCAGGACGGGCGCAACGAGCUGCUGGUGGGCAGUGACGACUUCGACGUGCGCAUCUUCGUGGGCGAGGACGUGAUCGCCGAGGUGCCCGAGGCCGACCAGUUCGUGGCCCUGGCGGCGGUGGUGGGCAGCAGGUUCGGAUACGCGCUGGUGAACGGCACCAUUGGCAUGUACGACAGGCUGGACCGCGUGUGGCGUGUCAAGUCCAAACACAGCGUGUGCGCCAUCGCCUCCUACGACCUGGAUGGGGACGGGCUGCCAGAGCUCAUCAGCGGCUGGAGUAACGGCCGGAUGGAGGUGCGGCGCGCCGACACGGGCGAGGUGGUGUACCGCGACCACCUGACCGGCCCCGUGGCCGCCAUCCUGCGGGCCGACUACCGCAACGACGGCCUGGAGCAGGUGGUGGUGUGCGGCGUGGAGGGAGAGGUCCGCGGCUACCUGCCCGUGGACCUGGACGUGGCCCCGGGCGUGGCGGCGGAGGCGGACUUCACGGAGCAGCAGCAGGCGGUGGCGGAGCUGGCGCAGCGCAAGCAGGAGCUCAUGUACGAGCUGGCCAGCUACAGCAACAUGAGGGCGCAGCAGGCGUCCAAGGAGGCGCCGUCGGAGCGCAGCAGCCUGAUCCCCGCCGACACGCGCGUGGACUCCUACAUCUCCAUCAACAAGGACACCGCCAGCUGCGACCUGGUGCUCAAGACCAGCAGCGAGCAGGCGGUCAUACGCGGCGUGGUGGUGUUCGGGGAGCAGAUAUUCGACGAGGAGUCGCUGUUCGUGUACCCCAAGAACCCAGACGUGCAGCUGGCUGUGCCGCUCAAGCCGCUGAAGGACGUGUCGGUGGUGCUCAUGAUCAAAGUGCUGGUGGGCGGGCGCACCGCCACCGCCUUCCACGUGUUCGAGCUGGAGAUAGAGCUGCCCAAGUUCGCGCUGUACGCGGCGGUGGACAAGGGCGCCUACCCGGAGCCGGCGUCCAGCGUCACAUUCACUGUGUCGGAGCGCAUCCCGCGCAUGUGCGCCUGGGUGGAGUCCAGGUUCAACCUGCAGGCCUCCGCCGCGGGCCGCAACGACACGCUGGAGGCAUACUUCCUGUGCCUGCGCGACCGCACGCCGCUGGGCAUAAAGGCGGUGCCCAACGGCGGCAGUGUGCAGAUCACGCUCCGCACCGACAACAUGGACAUGGCGGGGGAGCUGGUGGGCGACCUGGCCGCCUACCUGGGCGCCACCGAGCUGGCGGCCACAGCCGACUUCCCGCUGGCCAUGAAGGCCUUCAAGGAGGUGCUCAACGCGGUGGACGAGCACAACAUCACGCGUCUGCGCAUGAACGCGGACAUGGCUGACGCCAGCAACGCCGUGAAGCAGCUGAUCAUCAAGGCCGAGGACGCGCGCAUCCUGGGCGACAUGAAGGCCAUGCGCAAGUACUACAGGCAGCUGGCAGACAUGAACAGGGACCUGAUCGCGGAGCACGACAAGCGCGCCACCAACCACGUGGCGCUGCUGGAGUCGCUCAAGGAGGUCAACCAGAUGAUCCAGCGGGCCGCGCGCCUGCGGGUAGGCGCCGCCAAGAGCCGCGUGGUCAGCCUGUGCCGCGCCGCCAUCAAGAACAACAACAUGGCGGCGCUGUUCAAGAUCAUACGCGAGGGCGACGGGCCGGUGUGAGCGGGCGCCGUGAGCGAGAGGUCCACUUGGAGGAGGAUGGAGGCGGGGCCGGUGUGUAGGGGAGAUAGGUAGAGGCAGGUUGACAAGUGCUUGGCCCUUGCGAAGCAUGCAAGGGCUGCGUGGCUGCAGUAGGUGUGCGAUGGGACAGUGGUAAGGCAGAUUGGUGAAGUCCCGUAGGGUGCGUGGCUGCAGUAGGUGGAGGGAUGCGAUGGACACGGACACGAACUUCGCCGGCAGCGAGCGGCGCUUGUGGCGAGGUUGUGGCAUUGGACGGAGGGCUGGCACCUUGGCUGGCACAGGGGUGCACGGAUAGCCUCUCCUACCCGCUUCCUGCCUGUCCGGCUGUCCCGUCAUGCCCCGUCUGGGUAUUAUCGCAUGAGCCUGCCUGAGUUCCGCGAAAUCGGGAGGCCACUCUCGAACGUCCUUGGACCGGCCACGUUACGGUACAUUGGAACGUCUGGCAGUUGCAAAGCUUGUCAGACGCCGGACACACCGACCGGCGCCCAUGGACUGCCGACUCCCAACAGCAACACGUUGCGGCCUUUCAAGUUAAUGGCUUGAUGUCACUGCAGACGAGGACUAGCGCUGAGUACCGAGUCCGCAUGUCCGGCUUGGGAUGUACGUGCUUUAGGUGCGAGACUGAAGUCCCGGAGUGCCAUCUGUGACAUCAGCUACACA